CACGACUGAGAAAGAAGCAAAGUAAUAUCUUGAUUAUCUUCUUCAACUAUAUAUGCUCUUGACAUAUGUGGCAAAGACCCACAAAGAGCACUCGGAAGAAACAGCAUAGAAUCUCCGGCGAACCUCCUGCGUAAUCGAUGGCGGAGGAGAAUCAAGAAGAGGCCCUAGGAUUGAAACCAAGAAGAAAACAACCACACUUUGUGCUUAUUCACGGCAUGAGCUUAGGAUCAUGGUGCUGGUACAAGAUCAAAUGUCUCAUGGAAGUCUCUGGCUUCGCCGUCACUUGCAUCAACCUAAAAUCCUCCGGCAUCGAUUCUUCCUCCGCCGAUUCUAUAACUUCCUUCGACCAAUAUAACCAACCACUCAUCGACUUCCUCUCCUCCUUACCCGAGCAAGAACAGGUGAUACUUGUAGGUCACAGUGCAGGAGGACUUAGUGUAACGAGCGCGAUACAUAGAUUCCCUAAGAAGAUCUGUCUCGCUGUGUAUAUAGCAGCUUCGAUGCUCAAAUUCGGAUUUCAGACCGAUCAAGACUUGAAAGAUGGAGUGCCUGAUCUAUCAGAACAUGGUGAUGUCUAUGAGCUCGGUUUUGGUUUAGGAUCCGAAAAUGCCCCGACUAGUGCUCUUAUCAAACCUGAAUUCCAACGAAAACUCCUUUACCACAUGAGUCCUCAACAGGAAUGUGCGUUAGCUGCGUUAAUGAUGAGACCAGCUCCGCUUCUGGCGCUUACAACAGCAAAAUUGGAAGAAGGAGACAAAAGUAAAGAAGAGGAAGGGGAUAUGGCGCACGUGCCGCGCGUGUACAUCAAGACUUUGCACGACCGGGUCAUUAAACCGGAGCAGCAGGACGCGAUGAUGAAACGCUGGCCACCGAGCCAAGCUCACGAUGUGGACAGUGACCAUUCUCCUUUCUUCUCUAACCCUUUUGUUCUCUUCGGUUUACUCAUCAAAGCUGCGGUUUCUGUAGGUUCUAUCUAAAUUUGCUUUUUAAAGAGCCCCAAGGAUUGUAUGUUUUUUGUGUUCUUGAUUUAAAAACCGGUUAAAUAUUCGGUUUAUUGGAGAGAGUAUUCA